AGGAAAUAUAAGAUAAGAAGGAAGAUAGAGGAAAAGAAUUAAUCAAGGGAGGGGUAAGAUCUUGGAGGGUAACCCCCUCGAAUAGGGGGCACCCUCGCGCGAGAACCCAGCUGGCCUGUGCAUGAUUCCGUCACUGCACGACGGUGGUGACGAAGGGGCUGAUGUCAGUGCGGCCACUCGGCGCCCGCUCCGUGGCUCGGAUGCGCGAACGCGACACCCGCAUCGUCGUCGUACCGCGAGUGAAGCUCCCGGCGGAGGCGGAGGCGGCAGUAGCAGCGGCCGAUGACGGUGAUGGUCAGCCGCGAAACAGUGGUGACUGCUGACUGGUGCACGAUCAAACGCAAUCUCUGUACACGGCCGCGUACACGGUGCCGUGCCGGUCGGUCGGUCGGUUUUGGGGGCGCAGCUUCGGGGAAUAAUGCGCGUUAGGCACGUUACGCGACGACGAGGACGACGGUACGACGCGAGGGACCCGAGCGGCCAGCCGCGGGUGCAGCUGCAGCAACGCAAUUAUGUACGCGUACGGUUUCGAGAUCACGUAGUGGCUGCCGUGUAAUUAUGUUGUCAUCGACGCGCGGCGCGCCCUGUGUAGCUUCACGGUGAAAAUCUGGCGUGAGCGGUGCCGCGGUGGAACGGGGAACAUGGCGUCGGUCUCGGCUGAGACUCCAGCCAGCCAUGGGCACAGCUUCAGCAAGAAGACGUUUCACAAGCCGACGUACUGCCAUAGCUGCACCGACAUGCUGUGGGGCCUCAUACAGCAGGGGUACAUCUGCGAAGUUUGCAACUUCGUGGUGCACGACCGCUGUCUCAAGGCCGUCGUCUCUCCCUGCUCCAGCAUCGCGGCAAGCCUCAUUAAGAAUCCAGUUGCACACUGCUGGUCCGAACAGGUACAUCAUAGAAGAAAAUUCUGCAACGUCUGUCGUAAACGGCUCGAUGAUAAUCUAUCCAUACAUUGUGAAAUAUGCGAAUACUUCGCGCACACGGAGUGCCAGGAUUUUGCCGUGGCAGAUUGCAAGGAGAACGCCACGUAUUUACCUGGGAAGGACUUGGCGCAGGUAAACCACACUCAUCACUGGCGAGAAGGCAAUCUUCCCAGCAGUUCGAAAUGCGCUGUCUGCAAGAAAAAUUGUUUUUCUGCCGAGUGCCUUUCCGGGUUUCGUUGCGAGUGGUGCGGCAUGACGUUGCACUCUUACUGUUAUAAAAAUAUCCCGCAAGAAUGCACCUUUGGGAACUUGGAACCAAUUUACUUACCACCACAUGCAGUCAGCAUUCCACGUACGGAAGUUCCCAUGGAGGCCAUCAUCGGUGUACAAGUACGUCGAAAAGAAGCCCUGGCGCGUGAGUAUUCCUGCCAUAACAUCGGAGAGCAAUUCGAUUUCGCUGAGAGUGAACAAAUUGGGGCUGCAGGCCGUCUAGCCGAAGCUUUGAGGCGCCUUUCACUAGUUUUGCCACGUAGCUGCCAUGGAAAAUGUCAUGCUUCCCCUCCUUAUGUUCGAGCACGAAGCAUAUCGGAAGAGUUCAGCAGCGGGGAUGCAAGGUAUCGUGACAACGGCGAACCAGGACCGGGUAGCGCGCACGGACGUGAUCCGCGUUCACCGAAGGAGAAAGAAGAUAAAGAAAGAGGUGACGAAGAGAUGAUCAAGGUGUACGACGGCAACAAUUCCCUCAGAAGACGGAUAUUUCGCGUGAUCACGGUGCCCCGGCAAGCCACCACCGAACAGGUCCUGACGUCGGCGCUUCGCGCAUUUCACAUCACGAGAGAUCCUAGCAACUUUUACCUCACCGACGUGUACGCCACCGAUGAAACCGAAUUAUGCGAUCCAAAUCCGGUUCUAAACUUGAAUCGAAAAGAGGGCAAACGUCCGGCUGUCUUCUUACGGUUCAAGGAUAGCGAAAGCGGAGAGGUACGCGUCUAUCCGGGCAAAUUGCAGGUGUCAGAGUCGUUCUGUAUAGUACCUGUCACAGAGGCGACAACGAUCGCGGAUUUGAUCGAGGAAGCGCUUCAAAAGUUCGGUUUGCAAAAUUUUAAAUCGGAAGAUUACAGAUGCAGCGAGAUUCUUCUGGAUCAUGGUGUCACCGAAAGAGUUUUGUGCCGCGACGAGAAGCCGUGGGAAAUCGUGAAGCAGCUUGGCAAAGAUUCGAUCAGGCAAAUGGAAUUGAUGCGAUUUUACCUUCAGCUUAAACAGGAUCCCCAUGGACCCAAUUUAGCUUUGUUCGUGGGAAAUUUGCCGCCAAAUCUCUCCGAAAGGAGUUACGAAAACAUGUUGACCGAAUUCUUAGGCAAAGAAAAUAAAUUCUCAUCUAUCGGUCCAAUAUACUACGAGUACGGCUCGAUGGUGAUCAUUUACGAGGACUCGAACAAGGCUGUUACAGCGUUGUACACGUUAAGAGAAUCAAAAUACGAGGACAAACAUCUUUUAGUUAUGCUGUUACCAAGUAUCGAGCCGAGCAUGGUGCCUCCAGGUGUGCAACCUUUACUCGUCUUCGUGAACGUGAAAUCUGGCGGUUGCCAAGGGCUUCAAUUGAUCUCCAGCUUUCGAAAACUUUUGAAUCCGUAUCAGGUGUUCGAUCUCGACAAUGGAGGUCCGCUUCCUGGGUGUGUAAANNAUUACAAAAUCUUGGUUUGCGGUGGCGACGGGACAAUAGGAUGGGUGUUGCAGUGUUUGGAUAACGUGGGCCAGGACAGUGAGUGUUCCUCGCCUGCCUGCGCCAUUGUUCCCCUUGGUACAGGAAACGAUCUUGCCCGUGUCCUGUGCUGGGGUUCCGGUUACACAGGCGACGAGGAUCCCCUCAACUUGCUUCGAGACGUGAUCGACGCGGAAAAAUCCAUGUUGGACAGGUGGACAGUGGUGUGUCACACGGAGGAGAAAGAGGACAAGCAAUCGUCCACUAAUGCGGGAGGAGCGGGUGCACCUAGCGAGGACAAUACGCAAAUAUUGGUGAUGAACAAUUACUUCGGUAUUGGCCUCGAUGCCGAUCUUUGUUUAGACUUUCACAACGCCAGAGAAGAAAAUCCAAACAAAUUUAAAAGCAGAUUGCGUAACAAAGGGGUGUACGUGACCAUGGGUUUACGAAAAAUGGUAAAACGGAAACCGUGCAAAGAUUUGCACAAAGAAAUACGACUGGAAGUGGACGGGAGACUCGUCGAAUUACCUCAAGUCGAAGGAAUAAUUAUUCUAAACAUUUUAAGUUGGGGUUCUGGGGCAAAUCCUUGGGGACCAGACAUCAAGGAAGACCACUUUCAAACACCGAAUCACGGGGAUGGGAUGUUGGAGGUGGUCGGAGUCACGGGUGUUAUGCAUCUCGGACAAAUUCAAUCUGGUCUCCGUACAGCGAUGAGGAUAGCACAGGGUGGACAUAUAAAAAUUCAUUUGUACUCCGACAUACCAGUACAAGUGGACGGAGAACCAUGGAUCCAGAGUCCGGGGGAUAUCGUAGUUUUGAAAUCGGCACUGACGGCCACGAUGCUGAAGAAGACCAAGGGUAAAAUGAAACGGCGUAACACAGAGUCCAGCAUGCAGCUGGCGCUUCAGGCAGCAGCCUCGAACGAUCCGGAGCCUGAACUCUUCUGAGUGUCCGAAUAUAGAGUCCCGUGCAAGCGGAUGGAUGUCACGACACGAGUAUUAUCACGUAUUUGCACGCAUAAGUGGCACGGUUGUAGCACAACACGCAACAAACGAAAUCGGCCUCGAAAUUCGUCUGUCUGACCACGGUCACGCGCUGUACGAACUUGUUAUUUCUAGUAAGCACAAAGAACGGAAAAAAAGAAAAAAAAAAAAAAAAGAAAGGCGAGAAAGAGAAGGAUCAUACACACGAAUAAUAUACCACAACACUGAUAUACGAUGCAUAUACAUACACAAGUGAGUACAAUUUCUCUUUGAUGAAUAAAAAAAAAAAAAACGCAAGCGGGAGCUCCUUUAGGAAAUAUAAUAAAGAAGAAAAGUGCGAACCUGAUGAUUUUACUUACCACACACGAAGCUCUCCGUGAUCGCUAAAGAAUCCAGAAGAAUGGAGAAAUGGAGGAAAAAGAAAAAAAAAAAAAAGAAAAAAAGAGGACAACCAGGACAAACGCUCGUCUAUGUGGACACACAUCAUUAUAAACUCAAAGAUAAUCUUUAAUGUCCUUUUUCCGAGUUGCUAGGAUGAAAACAACUAGAUCUCAUUUUUAAAUGUUAAUAAUCAUUAAUUGUAGCAUUGUACGUAGCUUUGAUCGAUAUUUUUUUAGUAAAACGAUAAAACAAAAGAGAGAGGAGGAUUAAGAGAGAAGAGAGAAUGCAUGAGCGAGAGAGAGAGAGAGAGAGAGAGAGAGAGAGAUUUUAUGUAUGUUGAGUAUGUAAGGGAAAAAGAAAGAAAGAGAGGGAGAGAAAGAGAAAAAUGAAGCGAGUCAGAAAGAGUGAAAGGAGUGUUAUACAUGAUAGGAUAAUUAAAAAUCACGUUACCAAAAACAGCAGCAGUAUUGAAACAAGUUUCUCCCCCGUUUAAUUCGCUUGACAGCCAUAUUUGCGCAUUUACGUUGUAUAGUUCGUUAUUUAGUCUCGGAAAUGCGAUCGAAAGAAAUGA